AUGACUUUCUACGAAGCUAAAUUAUUCAAUUUAAUUAACGUCAAACAUAGUAAACAAGAAUAUGGUCAAGAAUUAUUUGAAGAAGCGAAAGAUCAAUUGAUCGAAGUAUUGAACAUACCACGAUUACAUCACCUUCUCAAACAUCCGAAUGUACUCGUACUUAAAAACAUUCGAAAAAUAACUAAAAGAAGCGGUGUCGUUCAAGCACCGCAAAUUGUCUUUUCACAAUCACCAUCUUCAAGUGAAAUUGGCUCACUAACGUCUUCAUCAUCAUUUAGUUAUUAUCCUCUACAAAAAUCGUUUGUUCAUUGUUCUCAGCACGCUUAUCUUCCAGUCACAUUAGCAUCUCAAUUACAAUCUGUUCAACGACAUGCUGAAAACGAAAGACAACGAAUACAUCCGUUAACAACCACAGCAACAACAACAACAACAACACCAGUACUAGAUGGUUCGACACAACAUUCUUCUUCGAAUGAGACAAUAUCAACAGUUACACCGUUGUCGUCAUCAGGAUCACAAAUAAAUCCAGUAUUGUCAGCCAAUUCACAAGUUAUUUUAUCUACAUCAACAGUGCUCAAUAAUUAUGAUAUAGUUGAUAUGAAUGUUGAUUUGUCGUCAAGGCAACGGUUAGAACAUGAAAAGCGAGAGCCUGUACGAUCUGAUGAUCGUACAACAGAUAAAAUCGAAAGUUCUGUUGAUCGUAGAAAAAUUUAUUCGGAACGUCGACACAAUGAUAAUGAAUAUCAGAAGGAACAACAAGCAAUAAAAAAUGAUGAUAGAAGUUGUGAUGCACAGUCAAAUAUGGUGCAAAAUAAAGGAUUAUUUGCUAAUAAAUCGUCAGUAUCCUUAUUUAUUAAUCAAGAUGAUUUGAGAAUUAUAUCUGAUAUUCUCAUUUCAUGUUUAGAAACGAUUAUCAGUGAGAAUAAAACAACUACAGAAUCGUUAGCGGAUCAAAAUCAAAUAUCAUCAACCACAGCACGAGAAAAUAUCAUAAAUUUGCACGAAGAAUUAUCGUUACUAUCUAGUGAAAACAUCAUCAAUAGUAUCACCAAUUCUGAAAAUUUAACAGAAGAAGUUCAAUCAAUGACGCAUCAAGUUAAAUCAUUAAAAUCAACAUCCAGGACUUUAAAUGACACUCAAAGAAUGGUUCCAGAAUCGAGUAGCCAGCAACAGCCAGUAUUACGCCCAAAUGAUUUAUUACCACCUUUGUUGAAUGAAGAAAGUACAGACAAAACGCAUUCUUCUCUUUCCUCUGAAUAUUCGAUACCAUCUUACCAUCGUUUUCAUCGGCAAACAGUUCUGUUUCAUGGUGUAUCACUCACGAGUUAUGAUGUUAGUUUGAAAUACGGAACUGGUCGAAAUCAAUCAUUUUCUAUUCAAGAACUGAUCGAUCAAUUUUUUCCAGAGGAACAAAAAAAUAUUGGACGAUUUUCUCGAAUAUGUAGAAAUCUUGGAAUUCAACGUUAUCGACCCGAUUUCGAAUUGAAAUCUCAAUUAACCCCAGAAGAAGAACAGUUAAAAUUAAUUAUCGCAAGUGAUUUGGAACCACAUUGGAACGAAAUUAAACGAAGAAUGAUGCCGACAGGCACAGCAGAUGGUGAUGAUGAUGAUGUACUAGAAAUUGGAUAUGUUCCACCACAAAUUCUGUCAGCAAUCCAGACAAUGUCACCAUUUUCAAUUUCGAAUAUUCAAGAUGAGUCACAGACAUUUUCAUCUUUGAUUUCAAUUUCACCUAUGACUACUACUACUGAGCUGAGUCACAUGGAUUCGAAUCAUACAACAACAGAGAAAACUGAGAAUAAUGCAAAAGAACAAACAUCACGACGACAGAACAUUCCGUCACCAAAACUGAGAUUAAAACGAAAUCGAGUUGGUACAUCAUUAUCUACUGAUAAUCCGAUUCCAAAUGCAUCAGUAUCAAACCAAAAUAGAAAUCAAACAUUAGCUAAAAGGUAA